AGUUGAGACUGCGCCUCUUCUCUUCUCUUCUCUCCGAGCUGCUCCGACGGCGAGCGAUGCGCCCGUCCGCCCCGUCAGCGGCCGCCAAUAAGGCGGACAUCCGGCGGCUGAGCAACGCCGAGCGCUCGGCCUACUUCGCGCGCAGGGAGGCGGCGAAGGUGUUGCGGUGCGUCCUGCAGGGCGACGCUCGGCGGCGGGCCGUCGGCUCCGUCAAGUCGCUCGUCUACAGCCCCUCCGUCAGGAACAAGCGAGCCACUUUCGCCUUGGUGUGCCAAACGCUCAAGCAUCUUCCUAUUAUAAAGAAGAUCUUGGAGGAUGCUCACAUUGUAAAUAGCAAGUGGAAGAGAAAAGAAGACUUGCUUUUCAUAGCGACAUACGACGUUCUCUUUGGUCAAGCAAAGCAGUCAACUGGUGAUGCGGAGGAAUUUAUCAUCCACCAUAAAAUUAAGUUGCAGUCAGCUUUAGAACAAUUGUUAUCGAGAAAGAAAGUCAAUGGUGUAGAUGAAUUGACAGCCCUUUAUCAAAAAGGAGAUACUCCUAAACCGCGAUACGUUAGAGUGAAUACUCUGAAAUUGGAAACUAGAUCUGCAAUGCUUGAAUUGGGAAAGCUAACUAAGGUUCAAAAGGAUAACCUGCUUCCUGACCUGCUUAUUCUGCCGGCCGGUACUGAUUUGCAUGAUCAUCCUCUUGUCUUGAACGGAAGUGUCUUUAUGCAAGGUAAAGCAAGCUGUAUGGUUGCAGCAGCCCUUUGUCCUGAGCCAGGCUGGGUGGUUCUUGAUGCUUGUUCUGCACCUGGAAACAAAACUGUCCAUUUAGCUGCUCUCAUGAGGGAUAAAGGAAAGAUUGUAGCUUGUGAACUCAAUAAGCAGAGAGUUCACCGUUUAGAAGAUACUAUCAGGCUCUCUGGCGCUUCCAACAUCCAUGUAGUCCACGGAGAUUUUUUAAAUUUGACCCCAAGCGUUCACCCAUACAACAAGGUCCGAGCAAUUCUUUUAGAUCCGUCCUGCUCGGGAUCUGGGACAUCUACUGAGAGAUUGGAUCAUCUGCUUCCUUCUUACACAACCGGUCAUGCAGCUGAUGGUACAGAAAUAGCGAGGCUCAAUAAACUUGCAGCUUUUCAGAAGAAGGCCCUGACACAUGCAUUAUCUUUUCCAGCUGUAGAAAGAGUCGUUUAUAGUACGUGCUCCGUCCACCAGAUUGAAAACGAAGAUGUAGUACAGUCUAUCCUCCCUCUUGCUGCAUCUCAUGGGUUUCGCCUGGCAGCUCCCUUACCCCAGUGGACUCACCGUGGUCUUCCAGUUUUCGAAGGCGCUGAAAAGUUGCUGCGGACCGAUCCCGUAGAGGACAAAGAGGGUUUUUUCAUUGCACUGUUUGUCAAAGAACAUGUCGACAGGCACCGAGGAAUUCAAUCUGGAUUGUCUACUCAGAAAACCAACAGGAGAGUCUCCGGUUCGACAAAGAAGAGAUUUGUAACGGGUACUAAAUUGUCCAGGUUGCUUUUUUACUCAUCAGGAAUGCAGACUAAAACUACUUGAGAAUCGUCAUGAUAUUUGCCUUUCUUGGUAUUCUAAUUGCAUGUCAUUUGAUCGGUUC